ACCGCUGCCGGUGGAUAACGCGGAGCUUCGUGUUGGAACAAGACGCCAGUUAAACAUUUCAAGCCUCUGGAAUCUGUUCGAGAACACCCAGAAUGAUAAAGCACGCACGGAACUAAGCAGGAAUAAUCUGUGCGUAAUGCGUUGUUGCGCAUUUGCGCACAUUCAACUAACACGUAAUUCUCCAAGCGAGUAAACAGAGUUGAGGACAGGUGAACUUGUCCGCUGUGUCUCGGACUCUAUAUGGAGGGAUGUCGGAAUGGCUUGCACCAGGAGAACCAAAACUUUGGUGUCUACGUGUGUGAUACUAAGUGGAAUGACCAACAUUGUGUGUCUUUUGUAUGUCGGAUGGGUGACUAAUUACAUCGCUAAUGUGUACAUCAAAGUGCCGAUGCCUGUCCCAGCCAAAAAGUUGGAGGGCGACAGGAAAGGCGAAACUCUGCGGAUUAUAGAGCGAUUGGAUCGGCUGGAGAAUGUAGUUAAUCAGCAUAUACAAGAGUCCCCGCUGAAAGGAGAUGAUAAUCAGGCAGAUCAAUCUUUUUCCGACUCGUCCUUGUUCAACCACUGGGGCCAGGAUCUGGGGCCCGAGAGCCGCAGAGUGGCCCUCAAAAUGUUUCAGUAUUACGGCUACAAUGGGUACCUCAGUGACCGCCUCUCCAUGGAUAGACCCAUUCCAGACUACAGACCUGAGGGGUGCAAAAACAUUUCUUACCCGUCCAACCUGCCGCAGGUCAGUAUAGUGUUCAUCUUCGUGAAUGAGGCGCUCUCUGUAAUUCUGCGUUCCAUCCAUUCAGCCAUGAACCGAACCCCUCGACACCUGCUCAAAGAGAUUGUACUGGUAGAUGACAACAGCAAUAAUGAUGAGUUAAAGGAGAAAUUACAGGACUUUGUGAAGGAGACCAACUCCAGGCAGCCGGGUUUCAUUAAAAUGGUGCGACACAGUAAGCAGGAGGGGCUGAUCCGCUCGCGAGUGAGUGGCUGGAGAGCUGCCUCUGCCCCUGUGGUGGCCCUGUUUGACGCCCACGUCGAGUUCAACACUGGCUGGGCUGAGCCUAUUCUCCAAAGGAUCAAAGAUGAUAGAACCAGGAUUAUAUCUCCAUCAUUUGACAACAUCAAAUACGACACAUUUGAGAUUGAGGAGUACCCGCUUUCCGCUCAGGGCUUUGAUUGGGAACUGUGGUGUCGAUAUCUGAACCCGCCAAAAUCUUGGUGGAACAUAAAUAACAGCACUGCUCCAAUCAGGAGCCCGGCCCUGAUUGGCUGCUUUGUGGUGGACCGGCAGUAUUUUGCAGAGAUUGGACUGCUGGAUGAAGGCAUGGAGAUUUACGGAGGAGAGAACGUGGAGCUGGGCGUGAGGGUGUGGCAGUGCGGUGGAAGUGUGGAGGUUUUGCCCUGUGCUCGUAUCGCCCAUAUAGAGCGUGCCCACAAGCCCUACACAGAGGAUCUAACAGCCCACGUACGCAGAAAUGCUCUGAGAGUGGCUGAAGUAUGGAUGGAUGAGUUUAAAAGCCACGUCUACAUGGCCUGGAACAUUCCACAGGAGGACUCAGGGAUAGACUUUGGUGACAUCACAGAAAGGAAAGCACUGAGGAAAAAACUGCAGUGUAAGACCUUCCGUUGGUAUCUAGUGAACAUUUACCCCGAGAUGAGAAUGUACACAGACACCAUUGCAUAUGGAGUGCUAAGGAACUCUCUGAAGAGUGACUUGUGUCUCGAUCAAGGGCCAGAAACUGACAACAUUCCCAUCCUUUAUCUCUGUCAUGGUAUGACACCUCAGAAUGUAUACUACACCAGCACUCAGCAGUUAUUCCUGGGCAUCUUAAGCCCAACCAUUGAUGAUGAUGAUAACAAGUGCCUGGUGGAUGUGAACAGCCGGCUACGGCUCAUUGAGUGCAGUUAUGCUGUGGCUAAACGCUUGAAGCUCCACUGGCGUUUUACUCAGGGAGGCUCUAUCCAGAACAUCAAGUCAAAGCGAUGUCUUGAACUUGUGGAGAACAAUGACAAUGAGUUUGGAUUUCAGCCUACCCUCCAAAAAUGCACAGGCCAGAAAUGGACCAUCACCAAUUUGUUGCCUGGUAGCACCUUAUGAUGGUACCAUUGAGACCUACGAAUUCCUGGAUAUACUGUAUUUCAGAAGAGAAAUGAAUUUGGGAAGAGGAGACCACAAAGCACCUGGAUGUCUCUAUUUGACUUUGACAUCAUAUGAUAAAUGUUAAACAUUUUUCUGAGCCACUGUACUUGUGCAUAUGGAUCAGCCACAUUUGGCAGAUAUUGCAUUGUGUAUUCUGAGGUUCUACACUGUAACGGGAAUUAUUUUGUGCUAGAAAUGCUUGGUUUUAUCUUGACUUGAAGGUUGUACCGGCUCUAUUGCACACGUUUUGUAUUGGGGCUGUAAUUGCUACUAUGUAGCAAACGCUUUGGCAAUGUUCUUGCUGCAUUUCUUCUAGCGUCUCAGGUUUGUAGGUUGCGAUUAUUUUGAAAUAACACUGUAGGUUUUUGGGACAUGCCAAUAAGUUGGAACAUAUCUAGAUACAAUCAACUGUUUUAUAUCUACAUGUAAGUAAAUAUUCUCAGUAUUUAUAAUUCAUGGCAGUAAAA